AUGGGUGGCGUUCUUGACUGGCUCCCGCUGCUGUCAGGCACCAUGCAUCCUCGAGCCGGAGGUCUUCCCUCGAUCCCGUCAGGGAUCACUUCCGCGCAAUCUCCUGGGUGGCCUUUGAUGGGAAUCCCCGCUGGACAUGCUCUUCGAAUUGUGAUCACGUUGACCACAACACCUCCCAGGUUAAGAUCUGGAGGAGAGUUGAAAAGCUGCCUACAGUCACUGCUGGAACAGAGAGGGACUGCGAGCGUGUUGCUGGUGCUGCCAAGGGGCAAGUGGCGCCGAGGUGGGUCCUAUCCAACUUCCAUCCCGCCCUGGUUGUCUCGCAUGACGCAGCGAUCAAAACGCCUGAGAAUCGUCCGCUCAAGAGACUUUGGACCAGGAACGGCUUUGCUCAAAGCAAAGCAGGUGAUUCACAACCGCAAGGCCUGGUUUUUGGCGGUGGAUGACGACCAUUUCUACCACCAGGAGCUCCUCACCAACCUCCUCCGCUUCGCUGCUGGCACCCCUGGCGCGGCCGUGGGGGCGCACGGCUGGCUGGCGCUGCGAGGGGAGGAUGCCACGGCCAUGGAGGCAGUUGGGCCGGCGCUGGCGCGGAAUCUGCGCAGGGGAGAGGUGGUCGGAGGGCCCGUCCUUUGUCAUUUUCUGGGGCUUCUGGUGCAACGUGCGAUGUUGGAAGGGUUGGAGGCUCCAGCGCGGGGCUCUCCUUGCAGCGAGCACAACGACAUUUGGCUCUCGGCUCACCUGGCGCACCUUCGCCUCCGCCGCGCCAUGAUUUCGGACCCCUUGGGGGCCAAGGACUUGGCCACGCAUCGGAAGCGCGGGAGCUCCCUGUCCCGACGCCGGCGGCGAAAACCAGAGAACCUCUGUUUGAAAGACUUGUGGGAGAAGUAUGGUGAUGAACUUUGGAUGCCAGUUCCUCGUGUUGCCGUGUGCACCAUCGAAACCAUGGAUCUUUUCGAGCAACUUUCGAAGACAGGACAGGUCCUACAUGCAGCCUACAGUUGCGAUCAUCCACGGCCUGGGGCCAGACGACCCCGACAUCUCAGGCAGGUCUGGUGUGGGCCGCGUCCGGACGAGCACCGCCUGCUGCAGGAGGUGCUGCUGGAGGAGCGCGAGGCCUCCACGGUGCUGGUGAUGCCACCCGAGGCCUUCAACAGUUCCAAGAAGGCGGCAAUCCGCGUGGUUCGCGCACUCCUAACCUGCCUCGAAGUGGCCGAUGACUCGCUGAGCUUCUGUGAGAGAGAUGGCUGGCGAGCAGUCAGCGUAGCAGCAUUGGCCUGCUUCAACAGCAACUUGGAAGCAUUAUGCAGCUAUGAGAACACGUUUGCAGCCCGGCCCGGAGAUUUGCCGUUUGCUGGUGGAACGCAGGGCGGAGGCGCCAUAAAAAUUCUGCAUCUGAUCCGGAAAUCUUCGGAUGCUGGUCACCUGGUCAUUGUGGGCGCCCUGAAUCGAAAAGGGCAGAGUGCAUUACACCUGGCUGGUCGUGCUGGCUUUCAUGAGGUCUUGAAUUGGCUUUCAGCGCGGGCUGGGAGGCAGAUCGUAGACCUUCGGGAUCACCAUGGGAACACUGCGCAGAUGUAUGGUCAGCAGGCAGAGGCGCAGUUCGUUCCGUCCAAACGCAUGGCGGGCGCUCAAACGUCAGAGGUCGACGUGGUCCUGAAGCAAUUUCUCACCGACUUUCCGACGGUGAUCGGCUUUGUCGUGAUCAACUCUGAUGGGAUCCCUACGAAGUGGCAUGAGAGCAUGCCCUAUGAAAGGGCAGUCACCUAUGCUGCGCUGAUGUCCGACUUCGUUGCGCACUGCAAGAAGUGCUUGGGCAAACUUCUCACAGGGCCUGCCGAGAGCGAAUUGGCCAACGUGCGCAUUCGGACCAAGGAGGGCACUGAGGUAAUUUGUGUCACCCAGACCGAGUACAUUUUGGUGGUCAUACAGAAUUGCACCGGAAAGCCAUGGACCACCGAAGAGGAAGGGACCGCCGCAGCUGGGGGCGAAGGGAGCUAA